GAAGUCUCCUGGUUCAGUGCAUCCGGCGUCGUCUGCACGUUAUGGCGUCCGCUCUUCGCUUGGGUCGUUUCGUUCGCCGUCCCUGUCUCUGCUCCCAGGAAGUGAAGGUACAUAUUACCGAAGAAAGGUGAACAACGAGUGUGAUUACGUUUAGUGCUACAUACAACGUUCACCGAGGGAGAAAAAAAGUGAAAGUCAUGGCUCUUUUUGGAAAGUCGUCGGACGUCCGGACUUACCUGACGGAAUUGAUGAGUGAACGUGAAAAACUGACCGGCCACGCUGCGCGGCUCGUGGAUCAAGAAAUCCAGCGGAUGCAGAGCCAGGCCGGAACAGGAAAUGGAGCCCGACCUGUCGGGUGCCCCCUUAUGGACAUCCACAAGGGGCGCUCGAUCAGGGUACAAGUCCGAGUGCAAGUGCCCGUCAAAGACCAUCCGAACUUCAAUUUUGUCGGCAAACUGCUCGGUCCCAAGGGCAACUCGUUGAAGCGUCUGCAAGAGGAGACCCAGACCAAGAUGGCCAUCCUGGGUCGAGGGUCCAUGAGGGACAAAGCCAAGGAGGAAGAACUCCGCAAGCAGAAAGAGCCCAAGUACUGGCACCUGCACGAGGAACUGCACGUCGAAGUGAGCGCCUUCGCUCCUCCCGCCGAGGCCUACGGACGCAUGGCCCACGCACUCUCCCAACUCAAGCCCUUUCUGGUGCCCGAUUACCAUGACGAAAUCCGGCAGACCCAGCUACGCGAACUAGCGCUGCUCAAGGGUGAGAAGAAAAAGAUGAACGGACAGACGUCGGGAUCGCAGAGUCCGUCACCCUGCGUAGAAGUCGUCGAAAUCGGGAACGGAAACGGCCUGCACCGGGACACGUCCUCACCGUCGUCGCCGUCGUCUCCCCCGGCGACGCGGCAUCCCCUGCAGCCCGGACUGGUGCUCUCCGAGGGCAUGGCGGCUCCCACGUCCUCCCGGAACGCCACCAGGGCCUACGUGCUUCCGGGCUCCGGUCGCCUGGUUCCGCUGCGGCUCGCGGGACCCUGCAGGAAAGGGGCCCUGAGGGCCGCCGCUGCCCUGGCGCUCGGCAGGACGGCCGUGGGCUCGCUGCACCACGGCGCCCUCGAGUUCAUCUCGGCCGACUGCGUGGCUGCCGACGAGUUUCUUUACGGAGACGAGUACCCGGACGGCUCGAUCGACAGCGGGAGCUAUGAGCAGGGCUUCACGACGACCGAGGAGCAGGGGUUCGCGCGCCACCACGCGGACAACUUGCAAGACAAUGGAUUCGCAGCAGAUGGCGAGUUUAUGGAAUGGACGGAGCCUCCACUGCGAAGCCACUGUCACCUGCCGUCGCGGUUGAAGCCUUCUCAGACCUCCGCGCGCCGACUCUAUCGACCGUAUGGUCCCUUGCCAUCGAGAUUUUAAGUACACAGUAAAGUGGGCUGAACCCUCCUGCGUCAAGUACUCUACGUCACAAGGAUUCAUAAACCAGAUGGAGCGAGAAGUCGUCCGCUCUGUAGACGCACAAGUCAAUCCUGGAACUUCUAAGGACCACGAUUGGACUGGGUAGAGUGGGUGUCAUCGGUACAGGCGGUUAAA